AUGGCUGCCUCUACUCCUGCGACGCAGAUGAUUACCCUUACAACCAACGACGGCGUCGACAUGACGAUCGAGCGCCAGGUCGCCGAGCGCUCCAUCUUGAUCAAGAACCUGCUCGAGGACGUCGGCGAAACGGGCGAGGCUAUCCCCAUCCCCAACGUCAGUGAGCCCGUCAUGCGAAAAGUCAUCGAGUGGUGCGAGCAGCACAAGAAGGAUCCGCCGGCCUCAAACGACGAUGACUCCGACUCGCGCAAGAAGUCCACCGACAUUGAUGAGUGGGAUCAGAAGUUCAUGCAGGUGGAUCAGGAGAUGCUCUUCGAGAUCAUUCUGGCCGCCAACUAUCUCGACAUCAAGGCCCUUCUCGACGUCGGCUGCAAGACCGUCGCAAACAUGAUCAAGGGCAAGUCACCAGAAGAGAUCCGAAAGACGUUCAACAUUCAGAACGACUUCACGCCUGAGGAGGAGGACCAGAUCCGCCGCGAGAACGAGUGGGCAGAGGAGUGA